AUGCCGACAUACAACGGAGGCUGCUACUGCGGCAACAUUCGCUACGAGCUCAGUCUCGACUCGCCAGAUCAGGCGCGCAUGAGCAUCUGCCACUGCACGAAUUGCAAGAAAUUCACCGGAUCUGCGUUCGGGAUAACCGCCAAGAUCCCUGCCUCCGCGUUCCGCCUCCGCAAGGGCCAGACGACGCACCACGUCGGGGACAAUGGCUCCGGCACGCAGCUCACGCGCGAAUUCUGCGGCGCGUGCGGCUCGGGGGUCCUCGAGUACGGCGCGCACGCGGGAGAGAACGUCUACCUGUUCUACGGCAGCCUCGACGAGCCUGACGCGCUUCCGCCGAAGGGCGAGUUCUUCUGCAAGGAGCGCGCGCAAUGGCUGCCCGAGAUACCCGGGUUGUUUCAUAAACGAGAGGUCAAGGAGUGA